AUGACACAUCAUACCUCGGGAUAUUCAGAAGAAAUUCACUUUGACUCUAAUCCCUCAAGAAAGCUUAAAAACAAAAAAUCACUAAUCAAGCCAAUUUUUGAGUUCUAUUGAGCUGCAUAUUAUCAGAAAAUUCCUGAUGAAAAAUCUUUUUUCAAGCAAAAACUCCAUACAAUUUUGACAACUAUUAUUUGGUCCUUUCAAAUAGCAAGUCUAUUAUGAAUUCCAAGCCUUUCAAUAACAGACUGAAACACAAACAAAACAUUUUGACACAUUUUAGGCUUUUUUAGAUUAGAUAACGUAUGCUAUGCUUUAGGUGUUAUUAAUUUUUGCAUCUACAUAUCAUUCAUUAACAUUAUGAUAAAUGCUCUUUUAUUACUGAUCCCAAUCGCCUUGAUUUAUAAAUCAUUGAAAACUCCAGAAUUUUUAUAUAAAACUUACAAGAAAAGUUUUUACUUUUUAUCAAAUUAUUUUAUAAUUCCGUCAGUAACACUCCUCGCUUUAUGUCUGAGAGUUAAUUUUUCACGUCAAGAUAAAAUUUCUAUUUAUGAUGGAAGCAAUAUGGAGGAUUUUAAAGUAAAUUUUGCGGUACAGAUUUUGAUAAUUUUUAGCUUAUUUUUGGGUUUUUUGGUUAUUUUGAUGGAUGCAUUAUUUUCAGGUGAAAUAAGGCAUUCUAUGGCUAAGUAUAUACUAGUAUCAAAAGCGCAUUCAGAAAAUGAGUUUCAUGAGGCAAUAUUUAAAUUAAGCCUUCCAGUUUUAUAUACAGUUCUUUCAGAUAAUUAUAUUGAGCAUUUUCAGUUAAUCUUUAUGAUUGCUUCUGCUGUGCUGUUGAUAGAAACAUUAAAGAAUUUUCCAUAUUUUAAUUUCUUUAUAAACAGCUUGAAUGCUAUAAAGUUGUGUGCAAUUACUUGUCUAGCAUCUCAAUUUUUAUUUGGAAAGCUCCUUGACAGUUCAUCUUUAAUAAUUCUAUUUACAUUUACAGUUACCCCUCUAUUCUGCCUAUUUUCAGUCAAAAUACUAGCAUAUCGAAUAAAAAAAAUUGGCUCAAAUAUUCCAUCAAAUCCCAAAAGAGUCGACAAUUUAUUUUAUUUACUCCCCUCGAGUGAACAAAAAUUUUUUAUAAAAAAAUUUGAUAUAUAAGUGAUAAUUAGUAUAAUGAAAUCUAGAACUAAUUCUGUUUAAUUUUAAACAAAGUGCUUUUUAAAACAUAAAUUUUAUAAAUUAAAUUAAUAUUUUCUUCCCAAUUUUUGCAAAUUAGGACUUUUUUAAAAUUUCGAGAAAAAAUAAAUUAGCCCCCCUUAGUGAGUGAACAAAAUUUUUUUGUUCACUCAUAGAGGGGGGAGUUAGAACAUUGCUUAAGACAUUAUUUUUGUUCACACAAUACAGAAUUUACAGAAAAAAUCAUUAAUUUCCUGGGAAAAUGCUAUAAUGAAUCCAAGUUAUUAAAAAAUAAACUUUUGGUUAUAUGAGAAGCAAAUUAUUGCAUUUUCACAUUAAAUAAUGACUCUUUAGCUAAAAUUAAGCUAAGCAAAAUAAGAAACUCAGAUUUCAGCUGAGAAGGGAACUAUCAGGAAUACGUUUGCAGGAAAAUCCUUUCAGAAUUUAAUACCAAUGACAGUGCUGAAUAUUUGGAUUAUUUUCAAAAAUUUCAUGACUUUAAGCUAGAAGACGAAAUUUUAUGUAUAAGACUUCUCGAUUUUUGGAAGGAAAUCGUUUCUGAAAAGCCAAAUAUAAGUAGCCUUAGCAAGCUUAUAACUUAUAUCUCAGAAUCUUUAAUAUAUUUAGAAAGGGAGUAUUCACAAUUGUCAUUAUCAUAUCCUAAAGGUAAAGAGCCAUUAAUUUUAUAUUCAUCAUUCGCAAGAAAUCUUUUAUGGGAUCUUAAUAAGGCAACAGUAUUUGAGUAUAAAAUUCGAUCAAUUGAUAAAAUUUUAACAAGCUCUACAAAGGACUUAAAAGAUUUCAGCUAUUUUGAUGAAAAUAAUGGACUGAUUUUAGCUUCUGCUGAAAAAGAAACUUUUGGAAAUAUUAUUUUUGCAAACGCAAAAUCUUUGGAAAUUUUGAAAUACACGAUAGAUAGUAUUCUAGGAAGGAAUUUUUCUGAAUUGAUCCCGCGGCCUUAUAAUCAAUAUUUUAAUAAGCAUAUUUGCACCUCAUUGCAGCUUAUAGAUGAUACUGAUUUAAAUAUACCUGAAAGCUUUUUCUUAGCAUUAUCUGAUGAUUUUAUUAUUGAAUGCACAGGAAAACUGUCAAUAGCUUGCUUUUCUGACAAAUUAUGAUUUAUUUUGAUUUUCAGAUCGAAGCCAGCCAAGAGACAAUACGCUUUGCUAUCACAAAGCUGGCAAAUUUCUGCACAUUCUGCAAAGUUCUCAAAGUUCUCAAAACUUGCAGCCCAAAAUCGAAUAGAUUUAAGAGAUUUUUAUUUUGCACAAUUAUUUCCUAAUUUGCUUUAUACGGCUAUGCAGCCUUCAAAGCUUUACCAAAUUCCAUCAUUUAAAUCUGAUACAUAUCUAACUUAUUGUAUUUUACAAUUUUAUCAUAUAAAAAUUCCCUAUAUUUUACUUAUAAAUGAUUCUUCAGAAAUUCAAGCAUGGAAAGAAAAAAAUUCAUACGAAAUCCAGCCUUUAAAUAUGGGAAAAUUGCAAAAACGCCAAAAUUCUAUACAUAUAACCCAAAGCUCUAUUUCUGAUCAAAAAGCUCUAAAAAAUAAUCCUUUUUCAAGGCAAAAUUCAACUAUAAAAGAAACUGCUUUUAAAACUGACACGCAGCAUAUUGAUAAUACUUACGAAGACAUCAUAAACGGAAAAGAUAUCGAAAAUGAUAAAAGCUCAGUAAAAUCUGACACUCUUUCACAGUCUCCUAUUCUAAAUGAUAUAGUAAAACUCUCAUCUCGUACAAUAAAAAUCUUCCAUAUAGCUCUAGUUUUAUCAGUAAAAUUUAUUUAGAUGUUAGCAGUAAUGAUCACAAACUUAAUUGUUGUAUUUUAUAUAUCAGCAAAAGUUACACAUGAAAGCAAUAUAGAUGUAUAUAUUACAUUGGGAAAGCUCCAAGAAGUCUUCCAUGCAGUCACUCAUUAUGCAAGAGGGAUUUCUGUAAUUGAAAGUCUUAAUGGGCCAAGCAAUAUUAUUGAAUUUUCUUAUGAAAAUUAUUAUAGUCAAUUAGGAUGACUAGCACUUUUUUUUUGGCUUGCCGGCAAGCCAAAAAAAAAGUGCUAGUCAUCCUACUUGACUAUAUAUACAAGCAGAACUAUUAGAGAGCCUUUAUGAAACCAUUGUAUCUACAUUAAUAGAAUGAAAAUCGUGUUCUAUGAGCAUAUUUACAAAUGAAGCUGACAAAAUAUGAAGUACAACUGGGGAAAUCCAUGUUGAAUAUACAAAUCUUAUAAACACUGUUUCAGAGUUCAUAAAAAUAGGCAACAGUUUUAUUAGAAAACAAAUUAAUCAUGAAGAUAAUAUCAAAGAGCUGCAGUUUUUUAGUAUAAAUGGCUUCUGGGAAUCUUUUAGAUACUGUAACAGCUCGCUCUAUAACCUUAUUGAAUGCAAAAUGGAAGAUAUUGACUCUUUAAAGCUACAAAUGGAUGCCUUAUUAAGUAUAGGAUUCGGUGUCCUCCUUAUAUGUAUGAUUAUAAUAAUCCCAUUUUGUAUAUCAGCUAUCAAUAUGGAAAAUAAAUUUUGGAAUUUAAUUAAAAAAAAUGCUUAUAAUAGCUAUCCAGAACUUAAAGAUGCUUGCAUAGAAAGGCUUGAAAAAGUCCAUGGGAAAAUGUAUAGCGUUUCUGAUGAUGGGAAAAGAAGUUUGGAAUCGAAUUUUAAGAAUUAUUGAAAAUUUAUAUGGAGAAUUGGGGUUUAUUUGAUUAUUGCGCUUUUGUUUUAUUUUUUAAAUAGUUUGUAUUUGUAUAAAAAUUGUGCCUCAUUGCUGCAUUUAAGGCCAAGCUUAUUAAGAGAUGUUAUAAAUACCCAAGUCUCUUAUAAAGCUUUGAUAGUUUGGUCUAGUGAAAUGACAGUAGUUAAUGUUCCUCAGUCUCUAACCGUUUUAUUAGCAGACACUUAUCCGUUUAAAAACUUAGAAGCAAAAUUCAAUGAAGCAUUUCAAUCGGCCACUUAUUCAGUUAAACAAAUAAGAGAUAAAAAAUACUCUCCUCUGCUUUCUCACAAUUUUAUGACCAUAUUCUAUGAAAAAGUACCAGAUUCUAAGAAUUUCUUAGAUUAUGGACUUUUAUCAGCAGGGAAUGUAAUGAUAUUUGAAGGUUCUUAUCUAGUUUACUCACAUAGGAGUGAUUUUCUUGAUGUUUGGCUUGAAAUUAUGCUGCAGUUAAAUGAGCUUGACGAUAAGUAUGAUUUAUUGAUAGACUUAGCUGAUAAGGAUUCACAAAAUGUUAUUAAAUUUCAAUUAGAGCUUAUAAUUGUUUCAUGGGCAUGCUUCGUUUUAAGCUCUUUUUCAUUAUAUUUAUGAUGCUAUUUACCAUUUUUUAGUAGAGAAAAGAAGAAUUUGGAAAAAAUGAAAGCAAUAACACAGAUCAUCCCUCAUAAGCCUUUUAGAUAA